AUGUCACCAGCUACCGGAUCGUCGGAGUUCCUGUCCCCUUCCUUUGGACAAACUGUGACUCUGGGGCAGGGCAUUCAAUUUAUUUGGACAGUGGCAGGGUGCACGCCCGGUCAGGUGCUGAGCUUUUCUGUGAUUCCCAUGAUGAUUCGAAGCAAAGAGUCAUUGAUGGGCCAGGAGCGGUGUGGAAGCUACAGCAGCAACGGACCUUGA